GUGGUGCUGAAUAUCGUUCGUCUAUACAACUUCUUGCCUAUAAUACCUCUAUUGUAUUUUGCGUUCACCGGUUUCCAGUGAGUUCUUGAGCGCGUGUUAAGUCGUAGAGGAACGAAGUUCAUUUCAGUAUCACGUAUUAACUACGUAAUUUAUCCGAUUCCAAUAACGUGAACAAUCAUCUCAGAAUGACGGCGAGAAUAGCGAGCGGUGAUGGACAGAGUGCUCAUGGCAAGGCAUACAAAGAUAAAAGCAAGCCCACAGAUAUUCGAAGUAGCAACAUCCAAGCCGCGAAAGCUGUCAGUGAUGCGAUUCGUACUAGUCUGGGCCCUAGAGGAAUGGAUAAAAUGAUCCAAGCUGCUAAUGGUGAAGUAACAAUCACAAAUGAUGGUGCUACAAUUUUAAAGGAAAUGAAUGUUGUGCAUCCUGCAGCAAAAAUGUUGGUUGAGUUGUCAAGAGCUCAAGAUGUUGAAGCUGGUGAUGGUACCACCAGUGUCGUUGUAUUAGCAGGAUCUCUUUUAGAAGCUGCAGAACGUUUGCUCCAAAAAGGAAUACACCCCACCUUAAUUAGUGAUGCAUUUCAGCUUGCUGCAAGUAAAGCAGUGCACGUUAUAUGGAUUGGCAUGUCUAUUCCUGUUGAUUUGAAAGACAAAGAAUCAUUAGUCAGAGCUGCAGCAACUUCACUUAACUCAAAGGUAGUCUUUCAGCAAUCAAGUCUUCUAGCACCUCUGGCCGUGAAUGCAGUAUUAAAAGUUACUGAAGAAGGAAAGGAGGACGUCGAUCUUAAUAACAUAAAAGUAAUUAAAAAGUUAGGCGGUACAGUCGAAGACACUGAGCUCAUAGAAGGAUUAAUAUUCACACAAAAGUCUUGUAACGUGAAUGGACCGAAACGUAUUGAAAAAGCGAAGAUAGGUUUAAUCCAGUUUUGUAUUUCCCCGCCUAAAACUGAUAUGGACCACAAUGUUGUCGUCUCCGACUACGCUGCAAUGGACCGUAUCUUGAAAGAAGAAAGAGCUUAUAUUCUAAAUAUUGUAAUGCAAAUCAAAAAGUCUGGUUGCAAUGUGCUCUUGGUGCAAAAGUCGAUUCUCCGUGACGCCAUUAGCGAUCUAGCCAUCCACUUUUUGGAUAAAAUCAAAGUUAUGGUAAUCAAAGACAUUGAACGCGAGGACAUUCCGUUUAUUUGCAAAACGUUGGGUUGCAAACCGAUAGCGUCGUUGGAUCACUUUGUCCCUGAAAAUCUUGUUAAUGCUGAGUUGUGCGAGGAAGUGCAAACUGGAAAUUCAAAGUUUGUUAAGAUUUCUAAAAUCCAAAACCCUGGACCAACGGUGACCAUUCUUGUACGUGGCAGUAACAAACUGGUCUUAGAAGAAGCAGACCGAUCAUUGCACGACGCGUUAUGCGUGGUUCGUUGUUUAGUUAAGCAACAAGCUUUAGUCGCCGGAGGAGGAGCGCCCGAGAUUGAGAUUUCAUUGAAAGUGGCAGAAUAUGCUCAAACAUUGAGCGGCGUUGAUGCUUACUGCGUUAAAGCUUUCGCUGAUGCAUUUGAGGUAAUUCCGUCGACACUAGCUGAGAAUGCAGGACUGAAUCCUAUUGAAACCGUGACGGAACUUCGAAAUAGGCAUGCUACAGGCGAACAAACUGUAGGGAUUAACGUAAGAAAGGGGGCAGUUACUAAUAUUUUAGAGGAGAACGUAAUUCAGCCAGUUUUAGUUUCCACUAGCGCCAUUAGGCUCGCAGCGGAAACCGUUCGCAGUAUAUUGAAGAUUGAUGACAUUGUGAAUACAAAUCAAUAAGAGCAAACGAGAAUUUUAUACUUAA